GUGUAUGUUUUGAGAUAGUGCACCACAAUUUCCUCAAAAAUCCUCUUCCUUCCACAGGACUGCUCUGCAUUUGGCCUGUGCCAAUGGCCAUAUAGAAGUGGUAAAGUUCCUGCUGAGCAGAAAAUGUGAAGUUGACAUGGGUGAUAAUGAAGACAGGACACCUUUGAUGAAGGCUAUACAACACCAGGAAACGGAAUGUGCAUUUAAUCUGCUAGACUAUGGAGCAGAUCCAAAUGUAACGGAUGACUACAGCAACACUGCUCUCCACUAUGCUGUGUACAGUGGGAAUAUAGUUUUAAUAACAAAACUGCUUUCAUGUGGUGCAAAUAUCGAAACCAAAAACAAGAAGCAACUUACACCACUGUUACUUGCCAUAAAUGGACAAAAUCUUAAAAUGGUGGAAUUUUUGGUAAAGAAUAAAGCAGAUAUAAAUGCAGUUGAUAAAUAUGAAAGUCUGGCACAGGCCCACAUUCCUGUCAUGCCAUCCUGGGCCUCACGCUGCCUGGAAGGGGGAUGCUCACAUUUCUACAAGCUCCAUAGACUGGUUGGCGCAAGUCCAGGACUCUUGACAUCUCACAACCUGUCCCCAUAA